GGCAUGUUUAUGCCACAGAAUCGUUGAGGGGAAAUUAGCCGUAAGUAGACCAGAAGAGGAUGAUUGAUUUGGAAACUAUUUCACUUUCAACAUUUCCCCGCCAUUCACAAUAUUAGAAAAUCCUGUCAUCAGCGGUGUCGAAGAGCCUGCGCUGAUUGUUAUAACGAAGAGACCGGCCACUCAAUGAUUGCUUCUUCUGGACUGAAUUACAAAAAGUGAGAAAAAGCUGAUGAGUUUUGGAGAGACAUUCAAGAUGAGUUGGCACCAAACGCAGACGAUUUCCGUUUCAAUCCGAUCUGGCGCAAUGACGAGGUUGUCUUCACCGACAAGCUGGAGGGCUUCGACAUUGUUCUAGGUCUUGACAGUGGUCAGUGGACACUCAGACAGCUGGAAGAUCCUACAGAUACUCACAGGAAUAGGUCGUGAUCCACAGACAAUGGACGCGCCCUGUUUACCGUAAACAUUAUUGUUCAUUGGGAAAACUCCAAGCGUGGUCGCCUUAUUGCGUGUCAUGCUAGUACGCGCAUGUUCAUUAAAUUUACAACACUUCCAGAUAAGGUGUUGUGACUAACUGCGUUCAAGAUCCAUCAGCUUUAGAUUCAAUCCCAGUAAUACCGAUCACACCAAUAGUGGCAGCGAAGUACCGUCUACCACCCGGAAAUAUGUCACGAGGCUUUAUCAGACAGACGCUCGAUGCCUACAGUAAAAGUCGAGCACCCUGAGAACAUCUAAUUAAGUAUGGCGGGUAAAGGUAUAGCCACGGAUCUUUAGCCAAGUAAAUAUCGAUCCCGAGCUGACGAGCAAAAUUCAGGCCGAUAUAAAGCAACGAAGAAACGUCUGGAUUGCGAAAACACCCUCUGGGGGUGGCCAUAGUGGAGGGUGACAGACGUUGUUGACUGGUCUUGACACCAUUCAUUAUGUAAGACUUUAUCCAAGACUGCAGUGACAUUUUCAAGAUGGACUUACCUCAUGGGACGGAGUGUGAGUCGUUGUGGACAUACAAUGCAGAUGGAAUGUAUGAAGGAUGAAUACAACUGAGAAGACUACAAGAACGAAAAACGAUUUGAUGAUGUUAGAUUAUAUUCGUGACGGUGAAUACAACGUUUUAUCAGAAACAUUAUAGGAUAAUGGAUGCCGAAUGUUUCUGAUGUCAGCUAUCUUGGAGGUAUACUGGCUGCUGAACUUUCGUCGCAAGAUAAAGGCCACUGGUAACAUAAAUAUAAAGGAUUUUUAGCUGUUCAUAUGACAUGGUUUUCUACAACCAUGCAUAUUUCAUUUGAAAAAAGGAAAAUCGAUAUUUGAUUGGAGAUCAAGCUGACAUUUUCCUUGGUGACAAACCAUAUCUAUUGUAUGAUAUGAGGAUGGAAUAAAACUUCGAAGUGAUUUCACAAGUCAGCAUCUGAUACCGGAUUAACAUGCUUGAACUUUUGACAGCCUUGUGCAAUGUGUUCCGCAACGUCAACUACACAAUAUAACUCAAUCGCUUCUCGUUUUCCCCCGCGGUGAAUAAUUCAUUUGUCAUCAAGAAGUGUACAUUCAUCUGCCAUAGCAUAUGAACCUGUGUAACCGAGCAGAACCACCGCUGUAAGAUGCGCAUGUUGUCAAAGCUCGAGACAGUCACUGUAGGCCUUCUCCCUCGCCCAUUGGCUUGUUGGUCAUGAUUUGCUGUUUCUUCUUCGAAUGACAGGUCCAGGGGGUCAUUCUGACCAAAGUAUCUCCAUACGGACAAGAUAUGUUGGAUAGUGACACACUGAUCACGACUUAACUGAUCUUCAGUACGGGAUCCAAUGACUGAUAUUGGCAUAACAUAUUAUGAAGAUUCCUUUUAAAUUGGAAUGACACUCAGAACGGAGACCAAGACGUAGAGGAUUAUAACGUGUUCCACGCAUGGAUAAUGACAGCAUGUUAUUUCAUGAAAAAGUGAUCGUUAAUAAUGAUUGGCAUUCGGAACGGGGAUCAACGCUAGAUUAUAACUUGGGACAUUGGUCGAUAAUGACAGUAUGUUAUGUGAUGAAAUUGUGAUAAUUAAUUGCUUGACAUUCGGGACGGAGACCACCAACACUAGAAGAUCAUAAGCACCAGCCUUCCAUAUUAACAUACAUGUUAUAUUCCCAUCACCAGUUUUUACUGUGUCCGCCAUACACUGUGAGCUAAAGGAGUGACUUUCAUAAUGUACAAUCAACGACAAUCUAUUCUGAAUUGUAUUGGCCACGUGACAUAUUAGAUAAUUCGCUGAAACUUGAAGCCUUUAAUCAGUUAAAUGGAAAAAAGGACCAACGUCCUGUUAGCAAAUUUGACGAACUGCAUUUAAGUUCCAUAAUUCUGACAUCCUUUUUUUCCAGUAAAAGGAUGUGUUUAUGGGCGAUGUGUGUGAUUUAGUGUUCAAGAAUGCUGGUUCAAGAAUGUCUGACAAACGCUCCCUCGAGGUACCAGCUUGCCAUGACACGAGACCGCUGAUAAAGGCAAUGAGAUGUAACGCUUUUACAGAAGUCUUGUGAUGAAGCAUCCCCCAGAGAGUCUUGAAACGUCUUCAACUAAUGCUAGAGCAUUGUCCUUUAACUGUGACUUUGAGGACCGAAUUUCAUCCGGUAGGAGUGAGAAGUCUUACGUCUGCCAAACACAAUUAAGACAGCAUAACGGUUUGUGCUGGUAGGAGGUUUUUCACAGCGAUGUUGUUUGUUGUUUUUAAGUAAGUGGGGAUAUUCUUAUCUGAUUUAAUGCAUUUGAGUGUGGAGCAGACGACCACGGUGGGUCCACAAAUGAUGCCGACAUCGAAACAUAUAAUGUGGGUGCCUUCUGUCGCUAUCGCCUGUCUUUUCAUCCUGGGGCUUUGUUUGUCAUUCCGACGUCAUCUGAGAAGAAAAGCCAAGAAAAGACAAUACAUAGUAGAAUACCAGGAAAAGAAUUUGUCGGCCCGUAGACCAAGAAUUAGAGGUAAGUUGGCCGGAAGUGACACCCCAAUGACUGACAACCUGUCUCAUUUUUACUCGGAGGCAAAUGGGGUCUCCCAUGUGUAUGAAAAGGGCGACAAUAAUCGCCUGCUUUCAACAGAAGAUGUCCGGUUUUCAUUGGAUGAUUUUCCUAAAGGACAGGGGUCUGGUAACGUGAAGAAACACUUUCGGUCGGCGUACGAGCUUGACGAGCUCAAUACAAGCUAUUAUAGACAGAUUUCCGAUGACGAGUACUUCCGGCGUAAACGCCCGCGGGAAUGGCACUACCUAAAGGCAGCCAGUGUCCGUCACCUAUCACCAAGGAGACAGAGACAGCGUGUGCACGAUUGUGACGUCAAACACAAGUCAUUUUGGAUAAGAAGUGACGUAAGGAAUCCAAACGAGAGUGAGGUUAAUAUAAACCAACCUGCGGUGAAAUACAUUAAAGUAUUUGAUCUGGACCUGUGUGAACAUUGUAGGAUGUACGUGGAAAAAGUUGAUGGAUCCUUGUCAAAGGCAACCUCGCCUCGUGGUUCAAGGAACAGUCAGUUAUAUGAUCCAUCGGAGGUCUGUGGGUCCAGUUCAGUUAACGUUGAUGCGCUUCCUCGGAUCCAACCCCAAGCUUCCUUCACGUCACGAAUCAGUAUUGCGGAAGUACAUUCGCCGCCGCACCCCCAGUGUCAGUUCCAGCCUAUAGAACGUCACAACAGUAGUGAAAACAUUGCCAGUAGGACAAAGUUGCCCCCUUCUGACUCUGAAAGGCCCCGAUCAGCUCCUGAUCUCAAUGAAAAUGGUAUUGAAAUGUCGGAGUUUCUAAGACUUAGUGUGCAAGGUAAGAGUGACGUGUCCACCUCCUCGCCAACAGUCUGUGUGAUGUAGCUGUCUGCUUGGAUACCCCCAUACGCGGCGUUCAAGCUCCGCCCUCAGUUUUCCUUCCACCCCCGCCGUCAGCCCCAAGCCCCACAGACCCGCACGAGGGGCAGGGACAAAUCAGGAGUCUUUUGGUUAGAUUUGGACACCCACCAAAACACGUCAGUGUCCUGACCAAGCUCCUCACAGCGUUAUCCAUUGGCGGAAGUACUAUACAUGGAGGAUGACGAAGGUGUCACGCGCUGUCAUGGAGCGUGUUGUGCAACAAUGGGAGACAACUACAGGAAGUAAAUUCGUGUCAAGGGACACAACUUUAAUCUCUUCGUGUGGUUUUAGGGAUUUUCCGAUAAACGAUGGUGAUAAAGUCGUCGCAAAAGAAGCAAAUACAUAAUAUAUUGCUCUUUCAUCGAUAUGUACUGUUGUAUUCAGGCAAUUAACAUGGAUUACAGUCAUUCCAGUUUACCCGACUCGUUACGUGAUCCACGAACCCUUUGAACUGUGGGUGAUAUAUCAAAGGAACUCGUUAAAUCAACUGUGAUACAUUCCCGAGGACAUAGAAACCCAAAAUGAGACUGCAAGAGAUUCAAACUCACCUGACCAGAAUGGCUUGGUGAAUUAAUGAAUUUAUGUUGUGGCGAGUCGUUCGUUUUCGAACAUAAUUUUUACUUUUUCAAUUUCUUCUCUUAGACAAAUUUGGGGGUAGGGGUGGGGUUGGAUCUAAGGGGAAGCAAUCUUUUUCAGAUUGUAAUUGUGGUGCCUAUAUAACUUGCGAAAAAGCAUGACAUAAUGGUAUAAAAAAUUAGACAUGUUCAAAUUGCUGACAUCCAGCUUUUUUUUCUUUCUUACAGCGCAGUGGGAUAGCCUAGUGGUUAAAGCGUUCGCUCGUUACGCCGAAUACUCGGGUUCGAUUCCCGACAUAGGUACAAUGUGUGAAGCCCAUUCCUGGUGGCCCCCGCCGUGAUAUUGCUGGAAUAUGGCUAAAAGCGGCGUAAAACCAUACUCACUCACUCAUUUCUUACACUUGCAAAGUUUGGACUUCUUAUGUGGCUAAAGUGAGUGAAAAGGGCAGAUUUUCGAAGUUAGGGAGACAGUGUAAGCGAUGAAUGUUUUAACAUAUGUUUUUAAUGUAUUUAUUUGCAUCUAUGAAGAAAUCAACCAAAGAUUAUUCAUGCUUCAUUAAAACCUCCAAAUUCAGCCUC